AGAAAUCGGACCCCAAAUGUUUCUCCAUUGACUCAGGAAUUGUAGCCGUUCACUGCACUCGGGAAAAACCAUUGGAUUUGAUUUCAAUAACAUGAGGUGGGAGAAGGUAAGCGCACAAGGAGUGGGCGUUAGGCCCGGCAAAAGGUGGGGCCACACCUGUAACGCCAUUGCUGGAGGGAAGCUUCUUUACGUUUUCGGCGGCUAUGGGAAAGAUGACUGCCAGACCAACCGAGUUCACGUCUUCGACUGUGUUAAUAAGAUAUGGAGUGAGCCCGCAACAAAGGGAGCAGUGCCUAUGCCUAGGGACAGCCAUAGUUGUACAACAGUUGGUGACAAUUUAUAUGUGUUUGGGGGUACAGAUGGGACAAGGCCUCUUAGUGAUUUGCAUAUUCUGGACACUUCUUCUAACACAUGGAUCUCGCCAAGUUUGAGAGGUGAUGGGCCGGAACCAAGGGAAGGCCAUAGUGCAGCCCUUAUCGGUAGACGACUCUUUAUCUUUGGUGGAUGUGGAAAAUCUGAGGACAGGGAAAUAUACUAUGAUGACCUUUACAUACUGAAUACAGAAACGUUCAUGUGGAAACGUGUUGUACCAUCUGGCACACCACCAACUAAGCGUGAGAGUCAUAGCUGUUCAUCUUGGAGGAACAAAAUCAUUGUCAUUGGCGGGGAAGACACGUGCAAUUUCUACUUAUCUGAUGUACACAUUCUUGACACAGAUUCGUUUCUUUGGAGCAAAUUAAACACUACAGGCCAGUUAUUAUCACCUCGAGCUGGGCAUACAACUAUUGCCUUGGGCAAGUACUUAUUUGUCUUUGGCGGUUUUUCUGAUGAGGAGAACUUGUAUGAUGAUGUUUAUAUGCUUGAUGUUGAUGCUGGUGUAUGGAACAAGAUUAUGGCUACUGGUGAUGGCCCUUCAGCAAGAUUCUCAAUGGCCGGAGAGUGUCUUGAUCCACAUUUAGGAGGUCUUCUUGUCUUUUUAGGUGGCUGCAAUAAGAAACUUGAAGCAUUGGAUGACAUGUAUUUCUUACAUACAGGGCUUGUUGGGGAAAAUGAACAAAAUGAUAGGAGGACAGAGAAGUUAUCUUUGAGAAAACAGCUUAAGUUAAAGUGCCAAGAGCAGCAAGCUUCUCUCGCAGAAGGCAGGGGGCAGAAUGUUUUUAUGCAUGAACACCGAAAUCCUCUGGGGAAGAAAACCUUUCAUGCCAAGGUGACCAAAAGUUUUCCAGAUGGCUAUACCAUUGAAACUGUAAUAGAUGGAAAGCAUCUCUGUGGAGUAUUAUUUUCCAGAAAUCCAAAACCUGUGAAGUUACCUUCUGUUGAUUCUGAUGGGAAAGUUGAAGCUAUGGAGAUUGAUGGUGGUAACAAGCUGUCCAAGGAUCCCGAUUGUACAUCCGAUGCAACAACACUUUCUUGUACAGAGCAGAAUGUUAAAGAUAUCGGGCAGGCGGAUGCUCUUGGUGGGAAUUUGAAAAUGUCAGCCUCCCAAACAGAAGAUGCUACGGUUGGAAUUAGAAACCCACCCACUUCCUAUGCUCCACCCUCUCAGGAGCUCCCUGGAACCUCAACACAAUCGGUGCCAUUGAAAUCCAAUUUGGAAUCUAGUGGUGCGAAUGAUGUGCCUAUGACUAAUGCUCAUUUCCCCAAGGAGAAUACUUCUUCCCUAAACUAAGGGUGUUUCUUGAUAUGGAAGUUAUCAAAUUGUAGAGUUGAGAUUAACACAGUGGAAAUCUAACUUGCCAGCUGUGAGGGAUUAUUCUAUGAUGAUAGGGAGGACCAAUUUUGUAGCAUAGAGGCUCUUCCCUUGUGAUGCUAUACAUUUCACCGGCCAAAAAAAGGUUUAGCUGGGUUGGUAAGCUAGCCAAACUAGUUCUCAUUUCCAUGGUGACCUUACCUCUUAUGAGGAUUGAUUUCAUGAGCAAAUGUGGGGUACAAAGUUAACAAAUAACCUUUUUUGUUAUGUUUUUUUAAACUACGCAUUAUUAUGGGCAAAGGCUGUUUACAAUGUCCUCUCUUACGCCUUUGUGAAGCCAAAGUCCGUCCAAUGCUUAUGGCAAAGACUGGAAGAAUAGGCCAUGGAAAGAUAGAGUUGGGCAAUGAGGAUGGAUCUUGGAGGAAGAAACCCGAUCUAACAUGCUCAAAGAAUGUAUGAAAAGACAAUGAUAAGAUUACUGAACCCAAGUCUCAUGGCUCGCUUGGGUGACCAUCAAUGGUGGUGGUAGGCGGUGACAAUGGUAACCU